UUUCUUUUGUAUUUUCCAGAUGACAGGAUGCGGCAUUUUAGGUGUCGGCAUAUGGCUGAGGGUGGCAUACGAAGGGUAUGCUACCCUACUGCCCCAGUAUGCAAUGCUGAGCGCUGACAUUUUAGCAAUUGUUGUGGGAAUAAUAGCCUGUAUUCUGUCCUUUUGCGCUUGUUGCGGAUCUUGGAUGCAAAGCAGGUUUAUGUUGAUUACGUUUCAUUGUUGUGGCGUUCAAAAUUAUGAGGAUUGGUACAUGAUAGAUGCUUGGCCUACAAAGAAAUGGGUUCCGGAUUCAUGUUGUGUUCCUGCUGUUAAGUUCGGGGUAGCAGAUGAACGG